AAAUAAACAGCCUUCCCGCGCAGUUGAAUUAGUUUAACUAAACGCUCGCUUUAAAAGAAGAUCCUGGAAGAUGGAUGAGCUCUAUUUGGAUAAUAUUGACGAAUUUGUCAACGACCACAACAAAAUAGUAACGUAUAAAUGGCUGAGUCUCACUCUCGGAGUCCAUGUCAACACAGCAAAACAGAUGCUUUACCAUUACCUGGACCACAAGAGGAAGGAGAGCUCACCUCAGCUCCAUGCCACCUAUCUUGUAUCAGGAAAGUUUGUGGACAAUGGUCAAACGUGUCAUAAGGUGUCAGUUGUAAGAGAAGACCAGCUGGAAGAAUUCAAAGCAAAGAUGAGCUUGGUAGUGAGCAUUCAUGUCUACAGUGUACAGAAAGCUUUGCUGAAAGACAGCGCUCCACUUUACAGCGUCGACUAUGAUGCUGUAAAAGACCAUCUGAAGAACUGCAGCAGAUACAGCGCAAUCCGAUGUGCUGGUGCUGUGCCCAUGUCUUCUGUGGAGCUGCAGCAGGUGCGGGAGAUGCAGCGGGCUCCUAUAUGUGAGCCUGAAAACAAAAAGUCUGGAAUGAACGGAGAUGCCAGUCUGGCUUCCAAACCAUCGACCAAGCCUCCAAAAGGCAUCAUGGGAAUGUUUUCAAUUAAAUCCAUGCCAAAGAAUCAAGAUAAUGGAAAAGAAAUUAACUCUGAACGGAAGGAAGAUCCACCUGUGGUGGAUGUUCCUAAAAGCAAGCCGGCCGUUAAAGCCAAUCCAAUGAACUUUUUUGUGAAUCAAACAAAAAAAACUGACAAACCUGUAAAGGAGGAAGAAGCUGCUCCGUCAUCUUCCACAGCAGAGCAGCAACGUCAGAGUUCACAGCCCGAAGAAAAGCAAGAAGCUGCAGCCGUGCAGCCACAAAACAGCACAAAGAAAGACUCCAGGAGCAAAACCAAGCGGAUAGAAGACUCUGACAGUGAGGAGGAGAAAAUGGAGAAGAAAAAGAGACGAAGGAUCAAGAGACCAGAACCAGACAGCAGUGAUGAAGAUGUAAUUCCAGAUUCUCCUCAGCAGAUGGAAUCAAAACAACAAAGUCCUGAAAAGACAUUUGAGACAAUUCAAUCUUCACAUGAGACUUCAGAAACAAGGGUAAGGAAGAGAAGACGGGUCCUGAAGUCUCGAACCUUUGUGGACGAAGAAGGAUGCAUCGUGACAGAAAAAGGCUACGAGAGUGAAUCUUACUCUGAGACAGAAGAGGAUUUCCAAGCCACCAAACAAGCUUCAAGAGAGCUUCUCAAAGCAAAACUACCACUGAAUGGCAAAGAAGGCGAGAAGAAGAGUCAGAAGAAACCUCCAGCAAGCUCGAACAAAGGAACUAAACAGGCUUCCAUUAUGGGAUUUUUCCAAAAGAAGUAACAAGAGACGACGUUGGACACCUACUGGCUGUGAAGAGCGACGAGCACUGCUGCAAGCGUCUUGAGACAAUUGACUCGGCUCAAAUACCGUUUAGACGAGAGAAACACACCUUGCAAAAAGUCUUGAACAUACAGACAAAUCCAGUUCAGGAUUACAUUUUACUUUAGCUUUUUCUAUUAUCAUCUGUGAAUAUGUGUUGUUCAAUAAAUAUUAAAAAGUGAACAUUUUUUUCCUGUCAUCUAU